AUGGUCUCUUUUCGUACAGUUCUGCUUCUCUGCCUUCAGGCUGUGGGAAUUGUCGCCGAUGGGCUGCAUGGACACGGACACAUGCAGCAUCAUAAGUACCAUGGCCAUCAACCAAGAGCAGUGAAUGCGUCAACUACCAGCGAUGCGGCAGACAUGGUGCAGCGGGCGUUGGCGGUUCUGGCGCACGUCAACCGGGAACGUGUAGAAUAUCCCAACUUCAACAAGAAUCAGUUUCAAACUGCAUCAUCGGCCACUGAAAACGUCUCCACUGCCCAACCGCUGGACUACAGCCCUGCGGCGGUCAGAAAUGUGACUCUGAAGGCUCGGCAGUCUGCAGAACAAAAUGGCAGUGCUCCUUACACCAUCCCGCCGGAGCUGGCAGAAGCCGCUCGUAUCAUGGCUGAAUCUCACCCUCAGCAGCCACAGGGAGAUCACAGUGAUGUUGCGACCCGGAUGAGAAGGAAGUACCGGACCAAGGGAAAUGAUACGAACACCCCUCGUCAGGCCUUGAUCCGCCCUAACGGCCUAUUCGACUACUCCCCGUUUGGCGCAAGCGCAAUCGAAUAUAAUGCGAAUAGCAGUACUGCGGGCACCAUCGAGAAGCGAGACGCCCCAACCGAGUACUGGAUGGCAUCUAUGGAGAAAAACGGUGCUAGCCCCUUCGCGCCGGAAUCCUACAAGGUUUGGCGCAACGUUCGGGACUAUGGUGCCGUAGGAGACGGAGUCACAGAUGACACCGAUGCCAUCAACCGUGCUAUCUCGGAUGGAGGACGAUGCGGUGCCAAUUGCGGCUCUAGUACUAUCUAUCCGGCUGUGGUCUGGUUUCCUGCAGGAACCUACCUGGUUAGCUCGCCAAUCAUUCAGUACUAUAAUACGCAGUUUCUGGGCGAUCCAUUAAACGUUCCUACGAUUCUCGCCGCAUCCAGUUUUGUUGGCCUAGGCGUCAUCACGUCUGACGUCUACGUUGGCGACACAGAGGAAUGGUACAUUAAUCAGAAUAACUUUCUGCGGAGUAUCCGGAAUUUCAAGAUUGACAUCCGGCUUACCGACCCGUCUGCUUAUAUCUGCGCCAUUCACUGGCAAGUCGCCCAGGGCACAUCCCUGGAGAAUAUCGAGUUUUAUAUGCUGUACAACACCGAUGUCCCUGGAAACAAGCAGCAGGGUAUCUACAUGGAGAACGGCUCCGGUGGUUUCCUCGCGGAUUUGACGUUUGUCGGCGGAAAUUUCGGAGCUUAUUUUGGAAACCAGCAGUUCACCACGAGUCAGCUGGUCUUUGUUAAUUGCAGCACGGCACUCCAAGUUCAUUGGGACUGGGCAUGGACCAUGCAGGAUUAUGUGAUUGAGAGCUGCCAGAAUGGCUUGACCAUCGUUGGAGGAGCUGGUGGUCCGAUGAGUAACGGCCAGGGCGUAGGCUCUAUCGUUCUCGCUGAUGCAAUUAUUGCCAACACCCCCAACGGGAUUAUCACCUCACUGUAUGCUGAGAACUCCACCUCAUUCCUUAUCCAGAAUGUGGGCUUCUUCAACGUCCAGACAGCCAUCCAAGAUUCUGCUACAGGGCAGGUCCUUCUUGCUGGUGGCAACGAGGUCCUGAAGGAUUCGUGGGGCUUUGGUAUGACGGUCGACAACUCAACCGGCACUGGGACAUUCGUCAACGGCCAGGAUAUUCCCGUGAUGAAUCGCACUGAUGCACUUGUUGGCACUAACGCCUAUGUCAAGGCCAAUCUUUAUACCCGCCGCAGACCCAAGUAUGAUGACCUCAGCGCAAGUCAGUUCGUGAAUGUCAAGACACUAGGUGCCAAGGGUGAUGGAAAGACCGAUGACACAGUUGUGCUCAAUAAUAUCCUCUCCCAGGCCGCCAAUCUGUCAUCUGUUGUCUAUUUUCCGUUUGGUGUCUACAUCAUUAAAGAUACGUUGCGCGUCCCAGUUGGCUCACGAAUAAUCGGCCAAGCAUGGUCUCAGAUUAUGGCGACAGGCCCCAAGUUUGAAGACAUGAAGAAUCCACAUGUGGCAGUGCAGGUUGGCCAGCCAGGGGACACUGGUAUUGUUGAAAUUCAGGAUAUGAUGUUCACAGUGUCUGGGCCUACGGCUGGAGCUAUCCUCGUGGAAUGGAAUAUCCAUGAAUCAUCGCAAGGAUCAGCAGCAAUGUGGGACUCCCAUGUCCGUGUCGGCGGUGCCAUUGGUUCAAACCUCCAGAAGGACCAAUGUCCUAAGCAGUCCGGGGCCAUCAACCUGAAUUGCAUCGCUGCCUCACUCUUAUUACACCUGACACCAAAGUCUAGUGCAUAUCUAGAGAAUAUCUGGGUUUGGGUGGCAGACCAUGACCUCGAUGUAACCACACAGGAUCAGAUCGAUGUGUAUUCGGCCCGCGGUGUGUUGAUUGAGAGUCAGCUGGCGUGGUUAUACGGAACAGCGUCGGAGCACAGUGUGCUUUAUCAAUACCAGCUCUCCGGUGCUCAGAACAUUCUCAUGGCUAUGAUUCAGACCGAGUCCCCCUACUUCCAGCCUGUUCCCCCGGCUCCAGCACCAUUCAGCACCGGGGUCUUCCCAAGUGACCCGCUUUUCGAUAACUGCGAAGCGGACUCUCUCACCUGUGGCUUUGCCUGGGCUGUGCGAAUCCUCGACUCCUCUUCUAUCUAUAUACUUGGCACUGGCCUGUACAGCUGGUUUUCCAAUUAUUCGCAAGACUGCAUGUCGACUGAAAGCUGCCAGGCCCGUGGAUUUGAAAUCGAGGAGAGCUACGACAUCUGGAUCUAUAAUCUCUGCACAAAGGCCAUUGUAGAGAUGAUUUCGCCGGUCAAGUCUGUUCCAACUUACGCCAAGGACAACAUGAACGGGUUCUUGGCCUCUAUUCUGGCGUGGCUGAAUGGCGCAAAGCAAACUGCGGGCCAAAGGGACUUUCCGGGCUUCAUGCUGUAUACCUCCGCCGCCUUGGAGGCGUAUGACUUGCCAACGGCUUGCAAAACUUCUCUCAUGGAGCGCAUAAACUGCGACUCUUACAUGCUCAUGUUCAUGGAACCGAGUUAUCAUGGUACGCUGUAUAAUGAUACUCUUACGGAUUCUAUUUGCGAUGCUGGCUGUGGCGAUAGCCUUGGUCGGUGGUUCGACUCUGUGAGCCAGAACUGCGCAGGGUAUAAUAUCACCGGGGCAGUGCCUCCCAUGCUAGGCGGACGUCUCUGGGCAGCCUAUAACGAAACCUGCAUCAAAGAUACGCAGACCGGGGAUUACUGCAAUGACGUCAUCGACAACUUCACCUUGGUGGAUAGCAUUGACGCCAUGCCGGAAUCGGAAAUGUGCUCCUACUGUUACGUGGAGCGGUUACAGAUGAUGCAGCGGACCCCAUAUUCCGUUUACGACGAGUAUUAUCAAUCAGUGCUCGAGACUGUCCAACAGCGCUGCGGCUUGACCGGGCCAACCGACAUCCUACCGUCGCCCAUUACCUUACCCGAGCAGGAAGAGCCGAUCUGCCUCUCAGGAAUAACGCACACGACAGUCGACGGCGACACCUGCGACUCCAUCGCACAGGCAAACAGCCUCAGCUCCGCAGCACUCUACAUGGGAAACCAAGACCAGAUCUACAACUGCUCCACAAUCCCGGCAAACCUGAAUCUAUGCCUGCCCCUCCCGUGCAGCCAAACCUACAUACUCCAGCCAGACGAUACCUGCACGACCAUCGAGUCCGCGGCGUCUCUUCAGCUCGGCGAUCUCAGAGCAUUCAACCCGUGGAUCUCCUUCGCCUGCGAUAAUCUGCAGAUCGCCAGUGGCAUUUACGGGAAAACACUCUGCCUCACGCCCCAAGGCGGCUUCCACAAUAGCUCCGCGCCGAGUAACGGGUCAAGCACUGCUCCGAGCAUGUCAGACGGAUACGUCUACGCCGCGACGCCCCCGCCUACGAACGCCACGCUUGCGCCAAAUUCGACAAUAAACUGCGGCAGGUGGUACGAGGCUGCUGGGAACGACACGUGUGCUGAAAUCUGCGUGAAGGAGGGUAUCACGGGCCCGUUGUUCACGGCUGUCAACCCCUCGCUGGAUGCAGGGAAUUGUACGGCCAGCUUGCAUACGGGGUUGACGUACUGUGUUGGCCCAACGUAUAAUUGGAAUCUGACGUCCGCGGAUGAUGGUCCGAUUCCGAGUCCGAGUAGCAGCGCCGCAGUGGCAGCCUCGUCGGCGGCGGUGUACGGUAGACAUCUGUUCUUGUAG